AUGUCGGAUGACGGCGAACCAACUGAGCUUGGGGAAAAUGGAAAAUUCAAAAUUAUUGAGACAAUUUACGAACAUGAGCCAAGGAUGGUUUACAUUUGCGAAGACAAGACAAGGCCAAAUCAGAAAGUGAGAAUCAAGGCGAUCCCGAUUUGCCAUCAAAAUGACUUCAAAACUGCUCAAAAUGAGGCGGAAUUGACAUUUAUUCUCGAAGGGAGUCCCUUUAUCGUUCGUUUCAUGGAGCUCUUUGAGUACGGAAACUCCUUCGUCGAUACGAUCAAAUGCAUCGUCACCGAGCAAGUCAACGGGCCACUGCUAGAAGAUUUCCUCGAUGAGAAAACUGCGAAAAACCAGAAGCUGUCAGAUCGAGAAGGACACAUCAUGUGCGCUCAGCUUGUUUCCGCCGUCUCUUUUUGCCACAGCAGAAAUGUCGUCCAUCGUGGUAUAUCUCCGGCGAACAUUUGGGUCAAGAACGAUAACCUUUCCAUAAAACUCGGCGACUUCUCGAGCGCGAAGCAAAUCGAAGGAACCAUGAUGUACCAAAAAACAAAAACGGCCAAGUUUCGCUACUCCUCGAAGAAAAAGAACGGACAAUCGUCGGGAAACAGGAGGUUGAGAUACAUUUACAACUUCGACAGAGCACCAGAGAGCAGCCAGGAAAUGCAAAAGUUGACGUUUUCAGCGGAUAGUUGGACGGUCGGCGUUUGCAUUUCUUACAUUUCGAGUGGAUAUCAUCCUUUUGGCGGCAAAAACUUGGAAGAGCGACUCAAGUAUUUCGAGCAUUACAAAAGAAGACCAGAAAAGCUAGAAAACGGCCUAGAUCCUCUUGUUUCAAACUGCAUUCUUCGCGAUCCUGACAAACGAAUUCCCAAUGCCUGCCUGAUGAAAGAUGACCCUGUUCUCAAGCCGAUUAUUCACCAACUCGAUCUAGGAAUCAAACCUGUCUUCCUAAAAGAUCAUUCGGAACAGAACUCGGACAUUGAGCUUCUGCAGCAAGAACUUCUGAUGAUCAAGAAUCAAAAUAAGGAACUGAUGAAACAAAACGAAAUCCUGACAACCAGGCUGAGCCAACAAGGCGAUUACGUAAAUCCUGUUCCUGCUGCCAACUACGGCGGAUAUGCCGAUGAUCGAGACUAUGAAUGA